UGUUUUUGGCUCUUUAUGUAAUCCUCUUACACUUUGUCGCCCUGUAGUGGUUCAACUAAAUCUUGGAAUUCCAUUUUUGCCGGCAACCAUGUUAUCUGCAACUAGCAAGUAAUUUGAUGAAAUAGUCAAAUUAAACAAACUUAAGAGCAUUUUGUGUUACACAAUGCGCAAAUUAUAAACAAGAAAAUGUUACCUUCACUUGGCUUAUUUAAAGGAUUCCCAUGUCCAUAUUAUGCGGCCACAAAGAGCUCUGGUGUAGGUAUUGGGACACAAUCCUGUCAGAGACCCUAUUGUCAUUUUAAGCAUGUGCGGAAAGACGAAAUUCCCACUUCAACUAAUGUAACGGUGCCGGAGUAUAAGCCUACGCCUAAAUUGCUACCACUACCCCCUACAAUUACAAAAUCCAAGCCAAAGUUGGAAUAUCAACCUGAGAAACCAGCUCUAAAUGCUAGCCCAUCUAAACCAUCCUUAGCUAUAGAAUUUCGUGCUCCGAUUUACAUACCGGGGACGUGUAAAAAUGACCAAGAUGUAUAUAGUUUAAAUCUUGAUGACUGUGAGGAAGAAUUAAACGAACUAGGUGAGAUUUUAGAUGAUGAAGUUAACGACAAAAACAUUAAAUCAAAUGGCGAAAUCCAGAGUGAAUCUGGAAAGCCUUUAUGUCAUGAAAAUAUAAAGGAUGUUAAAAAUGAUGAAACACUAAACUCUGUGAUUCAUAACAAAAGGGACGAAUGCAUUAAGGAGGGGAAGAGAUCACAUCGUAGUAGUAAAGAUGUUAAAUUUAAAACAGAAAGUCCUGUUUCAAAUGAUAAAUCGGUUUCAAAGGAAAGGCACAACAAUAAGGAUGUUAUCUUCAAAGAAGUAUCGAAAAGCCACAGUAGAGAAAGACACAAAACAGAAAAUAAAAAACACAAAGAGCAUAGACAAGAAGAAAGCUUGAGAAAAGAUAAAGACCGAAAGAGAGUUCAUGUCGAUAGUAAAAAUGAAAAAUCAAGUUCUGCUCCCCGAUCAUCGAAAAUCAGACUGUCGUCUACUUCAUCAACGAUUAAAGAAACAACUAAACACCACCGUGGUUCAAAAACAAGUUCCACGAAAUCUUCAUCCUCUUCAAAAACAGAUAUCAGUGUUUCAGAAAUAGUUCAGGUCCCUACAAGCAAAUUGACUGAUAGUACAGGCCAGUUUCCAAUAACGGAAGAAAUUAAUAAAGAAUGUCAAAUGAUCUACGAGCAACUGGAAAAAGAUUUUGCUUCUCUGCAUAAAGACGAUGCUAAUAAACAAAAAAAUGUAACUCAUGAAUCUAAUCCAUUGAAACGUAAACAAUCACAAGAUGAUGAAUCCACCGCCAGUGCUUUGCAAAAAAAACGUGUUGCUUACCACAAUGCGGAAAAAUCAAAAUUGCAAUCUCCGUUAUUAUUACGUAAACCAGAUCACAUACGCAAUGCGAUGCAAGCUAUUUUCAAUAGACAAGCAGCUAUGCAUCGCAAACGGGAAGAGGAAGCUUCGGUGGUGGAGGCUGCGGUACGAGACGCAGAGGAAAAGGUACGGGAAGCGACGGAAGCACUUCGCAAGGCCAAAGAAAAAAGUCAACUAACGCCACUCAUACCGAAAAGUUACUUAACUCCACCCAUCCGAACCGGCUCUCGCACUAUUGCCCCUGUGGCCAAUAUAAUUGCGUUAGAGCGCGCCAAGAAGAAAGUAGACGAACUUAGAGCCGAAAAGCAGCCAGCAUUUACCCCAUCGCAAACGACAAAAAAGGGAGAACGUGUUGCCCAUAAAGUUACCACAGCUUUAGCGACCAAAGAAACCGUAAAGCCAGCAAAACCACCAGUACUGGAAUCGAACUCUUCUAAAAUCUCAUUUAACAUACGUAUGCAAUAUUACGAGAUGAUGGUGAAACAUUGCUUAGCUAUAUAUCCGACUAUGGCUGAUGCGUGGGAACGGGCACAGACAGAAGAACUUGCUGUUUUUAAGAAAUGUAAUACUCCUGUUAUAUACAAAAGUAGCGCCUUGUUAGCUAUUAAUAAACUACGAAAAGAAGCGACAGAUUCUGGAAAUAAACCUGCCAACUCAAACAGAAUGGUGUCUCAUGAAGUCAUAUUAGCUGGAAAACUAGCUAAAAGCAAUACAUGGAGUGUCCAGAAAAAAAUAAGAAGUGAUGCCAGCGAUGGAAAUGAACCUUUCGAUAAGCUGCCAGGAGAUAAAGCAUACGACAUAGUAUACGAGUUAUGUCUUACAGAAGAACAACUAAUUUCAAAUGGUUUCCCGCGGCCAGGAAAAGGUCCUGGCGUUGCAAUAAUAAUGAAUUCUAAGCCCUCAAGGCGCCCAAAUGCAGACGAACGCUACUGUAGUCGAUGCGGAAAGGUUUUUAAUUCGAAAAUUUAUGAUGAGGUGUGUGUGGACGAAUGUAAUUACCACCCUAAAAGUGCCGGCUACCGCAGAGGUUUCGCGGACAAUCAUCAUCGUUGCUGUCAGCAACCAGCCGGAACUCCUGGCUGCUCAUAUGCUAAUUAUCAUGUUGCCGACUUUGUAGAUUUGGAUAAUCUCACCGGCUUUGUUACAACAAUCGAAAAGGAUGUUGAUUACAUACCAACAAAGAAAGAUAUUUAUGCUCUCGAUUGUGAAAUGUGCUACACCACAAAUGGCAUCGAGUUGACACGCGUGACGGUCGUAGAUAUCAAUGGGCGAACAGUAUACGAUGCGCUUGUAAAACCAGAAAAUAAAAUUAUAGAUUAUAAUACUAUUUAUUCUGGUAUAACAGAAGCGAUGCUGAAGCACGAGACCCGCACAUUGCGUGAUGUUCAAGCCAUUCUAAUGUCUAUGUUCCAUUCGAAGAGUAUUUUAGUCGGCCACAGUUUGGAUAGUGAUUUAAAGGCUUUGAAGAUAAUACACAGUGUGAUAGUAGAUACAUCGGUAUUAUUUCCUCACAAAAUGGGACCACCAAAAAAGCGUGCGCUAAAAACUUUAUGCAUUGAAAAUUUAAAACGCAUCAUACAAGAAAAUGAGGCUGGUCACGAUAGUGCAGAGGAUGCUGAAGUCUGCAUACAGCUAGUUAAGUUCUAUCUUCGUAAUAAGAUUAGUUGAGCAUAUGGAUUUCUUUUAAGCAUUACCAUAGUAAGAAUUAAUUACAUCACUAAAAAACGCUAACAAAUUAAUGUAAACUCAUGAUUUUCAUGCACAUACUUGCUUACUUGUAUGUAAUUUUUAUCAAUUUAUCUUUUCAUAUUUUCUUUUGCAUUUAUGAAAUCAAGUUUAAGUUGUAUUUAUUUUCUACCCCUUUCAUCAAUGUUGAAUAAAUCAAACAAAUAGCAAUAAUAAAACUUAAAUUCUGCUUACAUAUUUAUACAUAAAUACGUAUGCAAAUACCGAUCAAGAA